AUGGGGCGCAGGCGCAACUUGCUUCAAGUCGCCACGCAGCUGAAGAAGCUAGACCUCCUUGACCCGCUGCUGGUGGUGCGGGUGCGCAAGAUAGGUCGCCUGGGCUUCGGCUCAGCCGAGCUCCUCAAGGCGCACUUCGAGCGCUUCGGCCCAGUGGAUGAGGUGCUCCUUUCGGGCGUAGAGGAUCGCCAGGACGGGCCGCAGCAGCGCCUGCGGCCGUCGGGCUUCGGCUUCGUAGUGAUGGCCAGCGCCGACGCGGCGCGCCGCGCCCUGGCGGAGCCCGCCCACGAGGUGGCCGGGGUUUGCAUCGAGGUGCGACGCUUCGAGAGGCUCUAA